UAUUAUAAAAAGACAGUAACCUUUCUGGAGAUCACUCUUUCUUAUUUUGUGUGUUAGUGCGUUGAGAAAAAGAGAGAGAGAGCGAGAUAGAAAUCGCCAUGGCUCAUGGGAGAUAUGAUGAUUACAAGAAGAAAAGUGGACAGAUUCCUCGGUUUGGAGAAUGGGAUGAAGCAAAUGAGAUGCCAAUAACACAAUACUUUGAGAAUCCAAGACAAGCUGGUCUGCUUCGCCACCAAAACUACACCACCACUUCUUCUUCUUCCACUACCACUUCAUCUACAUCUUCUUCUUCUUCUUCUGCAGAAGCCCUAAAGCUUGCUUCACACCGUCCACGUCACCACCAUCCUUCAAGACAGACGGCGGGGAUGAGGGAGAAAAGAGGACCACAAAGGCGUGUGCGUGACGUGAGUGCACAGACAGACAAGUAUUACAUUGACGUCAACGGAGUCAAGCACUUUCAAAACGACGACGUCGCUCCCAUCUCAAGGCCACCUAAGCCCGUCGAUGAAGAUCUCUACAAGAUCCCUCCUGAACUUAUCCAUUCUUCAACAAGGCAGAAGAGAAGGCCUAGCUUUUUAGCUUGUUUGGUUCCAUGCGCAUGAAUUUGGGGAAGGAAGAAUCAAGAGAAGGAGAAGAAAGAAAAAUGUAGGAUCAAGAAUGAAUAAUGUAAUUUGUUUUGUUGGUUUGUUUAAUUUCAUUUAAUAUAUACAUAUAUGAUAUAUAUACAUGGAUUUUGGCAGAAAAAAAGAAAAGAAGAAGAGAUAGCACACUAUUGGUUUAUAGAAAAAAGAGGAACAAAGUAACAUCGGAGUAGUCCUUUUGUCUUAUUGCAUAUCUACUUUAUAAGAUUUUCUCUCCUUCUUUUGUCAUGUACGUUCUCAACAUUUUUUUGUGUGUGCAUGUUAUUUGUAAUGAGGACUACUACAUCUUUAUAAAUUGAAUCAA